AGGAGGAGGAGGUGGAGGAGGCGAAGAAGAAGAAGAAGAAGACGGCGCCGGAAACCCGAUACUAAACCGGACACAUGUUUGGGAGGACAACGACAGCAACACAUCCAAGAGUUUUCCGUAUAGGUAUUUAAUCAAUGAGGAAAAAGGCUUGUAACGAGUUGACUGAGAUUAUCAACAUUGUGCCAAUAGCUCCCUCCAGCGUAUACAGUCGAAAGAUGAUUAGAGAACUAUGGGCCAGUCCAGAACAUCAAAAUGACUCGCUGAUGACGACUUUGUUUCUCGUUGGCCUUCCCUCUUCUAGUCAGUUCCAAGCCAUCAUCGACAAAGAGUCGAAAGAUUUUCAUGAUAUUAUCCAGGUAGCAUUCAUCGACUCCUACCUGAAUCUCACUCUGAAGACUCUGUCUAUCUUACACUGGACGGAAAAUUUCUGCCCUAAUGCAAGCUGGAUCCUGAAGAGUGACGAGGACGUUUUUGUUAAUGCAUUCGCUCUAAAAGACUAUCUUCACUCUAUUUCGAAUGGAAAGUUUCUCAGAAAGGCAUUCGUCUGUAGGAUGAACAAUCAUCUCAAAGUGUGUAGGUCUGAAAACGAGUGUCUUGCUAAGUGGAUCAUCCCAAAGACCCUUUAUCCUGGCGAUUACUAUCCGGCUUACUGCAACGGACCGGCCUACGUCAUCAGCAGCCCACUAGCUCGCAAGAUUUUUGAAUCAGCCAAUAAAACGCACCCGUUUCUGAUGGAGGACGUCUAUUACACUGGCAUUUUGGCAAAAGAUCAUGAUCCACGUUACAUAAGUCUUAGCAGGAGAUCAUUUCCAUCAAAGGUUACUGGAUUGAGACGUUUUCACUGGAGUGGAAAAUCUUUGUUCAUAAGUGACGUAGAAAAGGUUCAAGGAAAUAGUCGUAUCCUUUGGAAUAAAAUUCUUGAAAAUUAUCAUUUACGCAAAAAAUAAUUAGUGAAUUUCAUUUGAUGGUACAUUACCUUGUAUGUUAGGUGUAGCGAUUAUGGCAUAUUAUGAUUAUAAUUUAACUUUUAAAAUUAUUCAUGGGCAUGGGACCGAUCAAAAUGAAAGAACAGGAAAUUAUGGCAAACAUACAUGUUAUUGAAAAUAUACAGCAACUCACCUUUGCCAUUUCAAGCGAAAUUAUAAUGGUUUUGUUGGUGUUGCUGGGACAAUAAGA